AUGUAUCUUGCUUGUGAGAGGAGUGGCCAAUAUAGAGCAACAAAGAAGUUAAAACAUGAUGGCAACAAUACAUCAAGAAUAACCGGUACGAAGAAGUGUGGUUGUCCUUUUGAUAUGAGGGCUCACAGGUUUACCACACAUGAUGAAUGGACAUUGACUGUAGUAUGCGGAUUGCAUAAUCAUCCACCUGCGGAGCACCUCGAGGGACAUUCAUAUGCGGGGAGGCUAUCAAAUGAUGAGAAAGCAUUGUUAAUGGAUAUGUCAAAAAGCAUGGUUCGGCCAAAAGAAAUCCUAGUAACCUUGAAACAACGAGAUGCCCUCAAUGUAAGCACACUUAAAACCAUUUACAAUGUACGCCAUCGAAACAGGGUGGUACAGAGAGCUGGAAGAUCACAGAUACAACACUUAUUGGGUGAAUUGGCCAAGUAUAAUUACAUUGAGCGCCAUCGCUAUCGGCUUCCUCUUCUUGAAAUUGUGGGAGUGACAUCAACUGAAAUGACAUUCUUUAUAGCUUUCGCAUACUUACAGUAUGAGAGGGUCGAUAACUAUGCGUGGGUGUUAGCUACAUUGCGUGAUGUCAUGGAUGGGUUUGUUGUGCCAACAGUUAUUGUUACUGACAGAGAGCUAGCCUUGAUGAAUGCCAUGCAGAAGAUAUUCCCGAGUGCCAGACAUUUAUUAUGUCGUUGGCAUAUCAGUAAGAAUGUGUUGACCAAAUGUAAGAAAAUGUUUGAGACACGGCAGAAAUGGAAGAAGUUCAACCAUGAGUGGAACUCUGUAGUGUAUUCAUCUUCUGAAAUUCAAUACGAUGAGCGUCUUAAAUCAUUACUUAAGGAAUUCAGUAGUUAUCCUGAUGCAGUCAAAUACGUCAUGGAUACUUGGUUGGUUUCUUACAAGGACAAAUUUGUGGCGGCAUGGACAGACACGUGUAUGCAUUGUGGCAAUGUUACAACGAACUGGUAA